UAAUGAAUUAUCAAUUAUUAAUAAUACAUCAAUUAACCGAAUUAAAAUGGAAUUGAAAAAAUAUUUACUCAUUUACUCAAUCGCUCGAUCGAUUUCAAUAAUCAGGGAUCAAUGGAAAAUGGCGCGGAUCGGAAAAAUGCGGGGAUUUGAGGGAAAAUUAUUAAUAUGAGAAAUUCCAUAAUUCUCGGUGCAAAAAUAAUUGGGAAGUGCAUGAACGAUAGAUAUUUCUUCUUUUAAUCACUUUUUUUUUUGAGGGCAGCUUUUUAAAUUUACGAUUCGGUUUUGUUUCGCUGGUUUUCAAUUGUACCAGCGGUGAUUACGAGAGUUGAAUACAUUCCCAGUAUUUGAUAUUGCAACGUGGGUGAUUCAAAGUGGCCAACGGCUGUUAUUUAUUUCACGUACAGUGACUGAGUGUUUGAAGGAUUUCGCUUGGAUUUUUACACAGAAAACCGGUGAACGUGUUUUGAACUCUGGAUUGGGAUUUACGGAAAAGCGGAUGAGAGAGACCUGAACGUACGACGGAGAGGAGAGAUCCAGAGGAAAAGCAGCCAUCGCAUGUAGCAUUCCGGCAUAGGUACGAUGAAGUCAUCCAUGAAGAUGGGGGUUGUUGCUUUGAUAGGUGUGUGCGUAGUAUUCUAUCAGUAUCACCUGUCCAAUGGCGUGAGAUUCGAUCAAUUGGCGGAUUUUAACAGCCCGGAUCCAGCAUCAGCCUAUGGCGCUGCCAAUAUUCCCGGCUCCGAGAUGUACGACUACAAUGGCCUCCGCAGGGUUUCAGAGGAAAUGAUAAGAGCCGCUGUGCGAAACGUGCAAAAUUCAAAUGGUCUCAGCCCGGAGUUGGGUAAUCUCUUGGUGCAAGAACUGAUGGGUCAGUUCAAUAAGCUAGAAGGAGUGAGACCUGAGAAGCCCUGUCCUCUACCAUCGAAGAAGACCAGCACUCUGGAUCCUCUGUACAUUAUCACACCGACUUACAGGAGACCAGAACAAAUUCCUGAAUUGACUAGAAUGGCACAUACACUCAUGCUAGUUGAAAAUGUCCACUGGCUAGUCAUUGAGGAUGCUAAUGUCCCCACUGAGCAAGUCACUAAGCUGCUUAAUAGGACGGGCAUCAAAUUUCAGCAUCUAAUAGCCCCGAUGCCGGAUAAAUACAAGAACAAGAAGGGGGCGAAACCUCGAGGCGUUUCUAAUCGGAAUCGUGGCCUCAAGUGGAUUCGAGCUAAUGCCACUUCAGGGGUAUUCUACUUCGCUGAUGACGACAAUACUUAUGAUAUUGAUCUUUUUAAUGAGAUAAGGCAGACGCAAAACGUGUCGAUGUUUCCAGUAGGUUUGUGCACAAAAUUCGGGAUAAGCUCGCCAGUAGUGAAGAAUGGAAAGUUCUCGGGUUUCUACGAUGGUUGGAUAGCAGGAAGGAAGUUUCCCGUUGACAUGGCGGGUUUUGCUGUUAGUGUAAAAUUUCUCCUGCAGCGGCCAAAUGCGACAAUGCCAUAUCGAGCUGGUUUCGAGGAGGAUGGUUUUUUAAAAAGCCUUGCACCAUUCAAUCCCCGUGAAAUUCAACUUCUAGCUGACAACUGCACCCGUGUGUUAGCGUGGCACACGCAGACCAAAAGAAACGAACCCAGUGCACCACUGGACAUGAAACUGUACGGUGACACUAAUUUAGUUCAUCUCAAGCAGCAAAUAGUAUGAUAAUACUGAACCAUCAUUGAUAAUGGACUGCCGAUCAUAAACGAGAUAAAUGAUCGGGUAGAUUUUCGUUCCGG